GCCUCAGGUCUGGCAAACUCGGGGAGCAAUGCGAAGCUGUCGUUCGUUUUCCCAGGCUCUUCCAGAAAUAUCCUUUCCCUAUUCUCAUUAAUUCAGCUUUCCUAAAGCUAGCUGAUGUUUUCAGAGUGGGAAACAACUUCCUGAGGCUGUGUGUGCUGAAAGUUACUCAGCAGAGCGAGAAGCACUUAGAGAAGAUCCUAAAUGUGGAUGAGUUUGUGAAAAGAGUUUUCUCAGUAAUUCAUAGCAAUGAUCCAGUUGCUCGAGCUAUUACACUUCGGAUGUUGGGCAGCAUGGCAUCUAUUAUUCCAGAAAGGAAGAAUGCACAUCACAGUAUUCGUCAGAGUUUGGAUUCCCAUGAUAAUGUGGAAGUUGAAGCUGCUAUAUUUGCUGCUGCCAACUUCUCUGCACAAUCAAAGGAUUUUGCUGCAGGAAUAUGUAAUAAAAUCAGUGAGAUGAUUCAAGGUUUAGCCACACCUGUGGACUUGAAAUUGAAGUUGAUCCCUAUUCUACAGCACAUGCAUCAUGAUGCUAGCCUGGCCUCCAGCUCCCGGCAGCUGCUUCAGCAGCUGGUAACAUCAUAUCCCUCUACCAAGAUGGUCAUUGUUACUCUGCACACCUUUACUCUGCUUGCUGCUUCUUCUUUGGUUGACAUUCCUAAACAGAUCCAGCUUUUGUUGCAGUACUUGAAGAAUGACCCCAGGAAGGCUGUGAAGAGGCUUGCAAUCCAAGAUCUAAAGCUGUUGGCCAACAAGACACCACAUACAUGGAGCAGAGAAAAUAUUCAGGCACUCUGUGAAUCUGCUCUUCACACUCCUUAUGACAGCUUGAAACUGGGCAUGCUGUCUGUUCUUUCCACGUUAUCGGGGACCAUUGCCAUUAAACAGUACUUCAGCAGUGCUCCAGGAACAGCAGCUACAACUGCGAGAUCAUUUGAUUUAGUAAAACUAGCACAGGAGUGCUGUUACCAUAAUAACCGUGGCAUUGCAGCUCAUGGUGUGAGAAUUCUGACUAAUAUAUCAGCCUCUUGUCAGGAAAAAGAUCUUCUGCCUUUGGAGCAAGAUGCAGUUUUUGGCUUAGAAUCUCUUCUUGUUCUUUGUAGUCAAGAUGACAGUCCAGGAGCUCAGGCAACCUUAAAGAUCACGUUAACUUGUAUGGUGAAGCUGGUCAAGUGCCGUCCUCACCUGAGCCAGUCAGUAGUGGAAUCCCUGCUGACCCAAUUGCAGAGUGCCCAGGACGCUGCUAGGAUUCACAUGUGCCACUGUUUAGCAGCUAUUGCCAUGCAGCUGCCUGUCUUAGCAGAUGGGAUGCUAGGAGACCUAAUGGACCUCUAUAAAUUAAUUGGGCGAUCUACCACAGAUAAAAAACAGGAACUCUUGGUUUCUCUUGCCACAGUGAUAUUUGUUUCCAGUCAGAAAGCUUUAUCUUCAGAAAUCAAAACUGUUAUCAAACAGCAGCUUGAGAAUGCCUCCAAUGGAUGGACAGCCUACAGGAUAGCCAGGCAGGCUUCCAGAAUGGGCAACCAUGACAUGGCCAGAGAACUGUAUCAAAGCCUGCUGACUCAGGUGGCUUCAGAACACUUCUACUUCUGGCUGAACAGCUUGAAGGAGUUCUCCCAUGCAGAACAGUGUCUGACAGGUUUGCAGGAGGACAACUAUAGCUCAGCGCUUUCUUGCAUUGCUGAAGCUUUAAAAUCCUAUCACAAAGGAAUAGCGUCACUGACGGUUAGCACAGAUCUUCUACUUUAG